AUGAUGACCAGAAGUAAAAGCAAGAUGCUAAUGUUAGCUCAGAAGAAGAUGCCUAAACUACAGAGCUGCAGAGAAUGUCACUUGCGCAGCUCAAAGUGCGAUCGCGGCAGACCUUGCUCGAGAUGCGUUGACGCAGGCCGCGAGUACACCUAUGACAAAGUCGUGGUGAAAGGCAGAGGGCAUCACAGUCUACAGCAACCCCGUCCCAAUGACACUCUGCCUACCGCGCCUCUACACCUCUGGCGUGAUUUCAGUGGCCCCUUCGUCUACACGCCAAUCAAUGCUUCUGGCACUCCCUUCUCAUGGCCCCCAAGUGAUGGUAUGCCAUCGUCACUGCGCCAUUGGUCAUCAUUUGCAACUGCUGAGACGCACAUGGGCAAUGCUGGUGACGAUGACACCAAGGAGAAUGACGAAGAGAUGAGCGAGGGAGACGAAGAAGAAGAAGAAGAUGAUGAUGAUGAUGUGAGAGAGGCUGAAGGCCACAACGACAAUGACGAGAACGCCUCCAAGAAGAAGUGGGGGUUCGGUCGUCCAGAGUACAAGGCCACAAAGCGGAGCUGCGAAUCUGGUCUGGCAGGGAAGUCGAGCGCGACCAGACAAUUGUGA